GUUUUCAGCUGUCGCUUGUGUGUGUGUGUGUGAGAGAGAGAGAGUGUGUGAGAGUGUGUUUCACCAAUGGAGUCGAACAGCGCGGCGUACGGAGCCUCUCUCGCCGGAGCGGGAUUCGAUCCCAUCAAAUUCAUCAAACAGCCUCAAACCAUCAUACGAUUCCUCAGCUGGGUGUUCGCCAUUGUGGUUUUUGCCUCCAUAACCGCUGAAGGUUACGUGAACGGCAGCGUUGGAGUCCAGGUGAGGUGCGUCUUCAACAACAAUGAAGACGCCUGUCAUUACGGCCUGGGCAUCGGCGUCAUCGCCUUCCUGGCCUGCUUCGCCUUUCUAUUGGCUGAUGCGAUCCUGCCUUCGAUGAGCAAUGCUCAGGAGAGGAAGUACAUAGUGAUGGCUGAUCUGGGCUUCUCAGCUGCCUGGACGUUCCUGUGGUUUGUGUGUUUCUGUCUCUUGGCGGAUCAGUGGUUAAAGACCCAAAACACCAUCGGCAUCGCUAUAAGCGCCGUCCACGCCAUCAUCGCCUUCUCGUUCUUCUCCAUUGGGUCAUGGGCAGCGUUAACGUACUUCGCCCUGGUAAGGUUUCGUCAGGGUGUUGUAGACAUGACCCAGAACUACACCGAUCCACCUGCGGACCCCACGUCACCGUAUCCCACCACCUACAUGCCGCAAACAUAUCCAUCCUUCCAGAACAACGGUCAAGAGAUCUUCCAGCAGCCUCCCAUCUCACCGAACCCUGACCCAUCCGACCAGACAAGCUUCCAGCCGCCCGUCUACUGACCCCUGACCUGCACAGAAACCUGAAACACAGCACCAGAUCACGUGACGCCGCAGGCAGCCAACAGGAGACUGUUUGGCAUUUUACAUGUGGCCUUAAAUGUGUAAAUAUUGUUUUCUUAUGUGACUGUAGAUGAGUUCAGAUUUGCACUGAAGAGCUGGAAUAAAAUGAUAAGUUAUUGUGGAGCAGGUCUGUCGCUCACACUGGAAUCACAGCAGUGUUUGUGUGUUUUGUUAACGUUUUCCCAGAAACAAAAAGAGCCCAUUGACCCUGUUUACUAAUUGUGUUAGUGAAUGAAGAGCUGGUGCGAUUCACUGUAGAAAUGUGGUAGAGUUACCAGAUUACAUGUUUAAACAUCCAGCCGUAGGUUGUAAAUGAGGCUGUUACGAUCAUCUGUGAUGCUUUUAUUUGCUUCCAGAUCUGAAAACAUCUGAUAUAAAGUGAAAAACUGAUUUCUUGUGUGGCUAAAACUGGUUUUGUUAGUGUGUCUCUCGAUGUGAAAACGUUCACUGAUCCACAUAAACACACUGUGAUGCUGUUUGAUUAGUUUUUCUGGUUUACUUGCCAUACAACAUUGAUUUGAUGAUUAUUAAUCCAUUACAUGUUCAUAUACUAUAUGAGUAUUUAAAAAAAAAAAUUCAGAAAAUAGUUGAUUUAUUUCCAGUGUUUGUUUGAUUUGCAGUUUGCUUAAUGGGUUUAGCAUUUGCUUUUUGUGCAUCUUCAGUUUACAGAUUAAAACUUUUUGUUGUUGUCUCGGUUUUCUCUGAAUAACCAGAUUAUUUUUUUUAAGUGCAGCUAAAAACAAAAACAAUGUUUUAUAUUCCAAAUAAAAAUAAAUAAAUGCAACCCUGUGGAUAAGAAAUCUCAUUUUUAGAUACAAGAUACACACAUGUACAAGUCUUAAUUUGCCCUUUUAGAGAUUUAGGCCUCAAAAUGCUUUUAAUUAAAGUUUUGAAUUCAUAGUCAUGGCAUUAAAGUUCACAUGGAUUACAAAAAACA